CCCCAGUCUUAUACUUCGAGGCGAAUGACCGCGGAAGCCCUAAGAGGCAGACCCGCUAAUUCGGCGACUUUCUCUGAAGUCGCCGAACAACCACUUCACUAUUUCUCUUCAUGAUCGGUCCUUCUGCUGAUCCACUAACUUAACUGAACUUAUCUUCCAGCAUGGACCACGAUCAACCCAGCCCGGCGGCAACUCCCUCGGCUUCGGUGGCCUGCGUGAACUGUCGCGAGAAACAUCUGAAAUGCGAUGGCAACGUGUCCGGCUGCACGCGGUGCCGAACCUUGAAUCUCUACUGCUACUUUGUGCCAUCGCGCCGCGGACGCAAAUGUCGACCGGGUCCGAUGCCGGGUGACUCUUUGCGGACCGAGUCACUCGGCGCUGCUGGUGAUGUCUCACCGUGUGAUCUCGACGCCGUGACCGAAAGGCGAGAGCCCCCUGGAAUGGACAGCAACCAUCUCGUCGGCCUAUACUACCUUCAUUUCCACCAGGCACAUCCAUUUCUGCCCCCACACGAGGUCUUCCUUCAGUCCUCCCCGCCAGCGUACCUCGUGAAUCUGGUCGAAUACGUCGGUUGGCAUUAUCUAGUCAACCCGGUACCGGAUCGCACUACGUCUCUACGAGCAGCGGUCCAAGAGGCAGAUCUCAGCAUCGUCAAAGUCCAAGCCCUUCUUCUUCUGUCCAUCAUUCUGCACACCCGCCUGCAUCCCACCGAAGCCAAAGAAUGCCUGGCCCAGGCCAUCCAAUGCAGUCUAGAGCUCGGUCUCCAUUACCGCGGGUUUUCGGAUGCUCUGGAGACGCAUAGUCCCGUGGGCGCAGAGAGCGCCCGACGCACGUGGUGGGAGAUUUUCAUCGUCGAUACGCUCCUGGCCGCCGUGCAGGUCGAGGGAUCGCUGCAGUUUACCCUAGAGACACCCGACGUGCCGCUGCCCUGCGCACAAGAAGACUACACCGGGGCUUUCUCGGGCGGCGGCCUGGUCUCAAUCAGCGACAUGGACCGCCAGGCGCUGCUCCACGACGAUGCGGAAUUCUCCUCCCCAGCGUACCGUGUCGAGGCGGCGGUCAUCCUGCGCCGAUGUCUUCUCGUCGGGACCACCCACGCCCCGCAGGAAUCGGUGGACGUCCUCGACGCGACCAUCACCUCGUGGUUCCAUCGCGUGCAGUCGCCGUGCGGCAACCGUCCGCUCCUCCGGCACACGGGCGAAACGGACCAGAUGAUCUUCCAAGCAACGACGAUUAUGCAUUGCGCGUCUAUCUAUCUCCAUUUCCCCAAAUCCUCACUCCUGGCGUUUCUGCCCAUUACAGGCCGAAUCUUCUGUGCCGGCCCGCCUGCUUUCUCCUCGAUUGCUCUCAACCCGCAGAUCCAUACGGCCAAGGUCCUCGCUGCGGCUACGGGGCUGUCGAAGCUGGCUUCUCUUUCUUCGUCGGUUGUCGGACACACGCCGUUCUUUGUAUGUACGCUGAUUCUCAGCGCGAUCAUUCAACUGGCGGUGUUGUCGAUCGAGGUCCCGCACACGACGAGUGCCGUGCGUCCUUACCUGGGGCUGAACAUCGGGACGUUGAAAGCGAUGAGGAGUCUGUGGGCCAUCGCGGCUGUCUCUAUGGAGCGGAUUCGAAACGUAACGAAGGAAGUAGAAGACGUGCUGGCUGGUGGAUGUUUGCCGCAACUCACCGACGAUGACGCUGCCUGGUUGGAUUGCAUGACAUGAAAGAAUCGUAGAUAGAAUUCCCAGCUUCCUU